AUGGCAUCUCGAGGCACCGCAACGACGCUCUGUUCUUUCCCUCAUCCUAAGCUCCAGCCGGGAUCAUCGAUUUUUAAUUUUCGACGCAAGAAUUCAUCCGUUCUCAUAAGAGUCAGAGGCUUUAGAAGUGCAUUUCUGAAUACACGCGUAGUCGUCUUUGUCCCCGAUGUGGUGAGGAACGAAUCACAGUCCAUGUCUUUGGAUACUUCAUCGUUGACGCUUGGCCUCCAGUUUCCGGCAUCACAUGCAUGA